AUGUUACUUCACGUAAAUAUAAUGGAAUGCAAAGGUCUCCCAACAAUGGGCAUCCUCAACACAAUAAAUCCAUAUUGUGAAAUCAGAUACGAGAAAAAAGCAUAUAAAACUACAGUCAAGAAAAAUAAUACUCAUCCACAAUGGAACCAAUUCUGCUCAUUUCCAAUUUCCAAACAUGAAGGAAAGCUUAUCUUCGUUGUGAAAAAUAUGAAACCAUUGAUUGAUAAAGACGCAUCACAAAUUGCAAUUAAUGUUGCAAGUAUUCCUCAAGACAAAAUUGUUGAUCGUUGGUUUGAUCUUAAGCCAUUAAGAUUCAACAAAAAAGGAGGAAAGAUUCAUAUUCGCUUGCAUUUAAUUAAAAAAGGUGAAAAACCUUUUGUAGAUCCUCAACAAGUUUCCAAUGAGCCCGAGAAGAAAGAUAAUAUCUUCCAAGAAGCGCCAAUUAACGUUCAAAAUCAAUAUUAUUACGAUCCAAAUUCACUAAAUCCAUAUCAGGAUUAUGAUAAUCCUUAUAAUAACCCAUAA